UCUACCCUAAAGUUAAAUUGUAACAAAUCUAACCCUAAGUUCUGAGGAUCUGCAAUAGGAGUAAAUCUUAAGUCAUAAGAAAUUGAUCAAUCAUAAUUAAAUGUGAAGAGAAUAAUCAAUUGUUAUAAGAAAUUUUUUUACAGCUUAAGGCUUACCACAUCUAUUGUAGAAUCCGGGCUAAAAUAUACAUAUUUCUUUCUAAUUCUGGCUUCAAUUUUUUUACUUACGAUGCUGUAUCAGCUCAAUGAUAAGUACGCAGUAUAUGAUAUAAAUCGACCAAUUUCCGCGCCGCCAUUAUGCGCGAACGCUUCAUCUGUCGUGCUUGCGCAUGAUGGCGGCGCUCAGCUGGUAGUGAAGUGACUCGGCUGAUGAUAGCAGCCAGUAAGGGAUAUGUGACGGAUGGCCGCGUCUGAUGCACGACGGCCGAUAUCUCGAAUUCGUUGACCGAACUUGACAUCCGUGUUGAUUUUGUGACGAAUGUCAUCGCACGACAGUAAUCAAUAAGUUACGAAGCGCGACGGUUUAGCCAUUAAAAUGGCAACGAGCAAACGGGCAUCAAACGUCGACAUCGUCGUCGUCAUUACGCUGCACAGACUUCUGUAAUCCGCGCGGUGGGGAGAUCGAGAUCGAAGGAUCUCGCACGAAUGCGACACGAAAGCGACGAGAAAAGCUGAUAGCGAACAUGGGCAAUUGCCUGAAACGCGCCGCCGGCAACCAACAGGACAAUACCACUCUGCUGAGCAACAAUCCCGAGCCCAACGUGUCCACUAGCGGAUCUUCGCAGGAGGGCCUUGGACCUCCGAUUCCCUACAACCAAGCGACUUAUUAUCCAUCAAUCGCUACGAGGGAACGCCAUUUACAGUCCACCAAUUUGAACAUCGGUCAUGGGAUCGGAGUAAAUUUAGUGCAGACCAGUGGCUCAUCUGGUUUGAGCGAAGAAGAACAACAGGUGAGGAUCGCUAAACGCAUAGGACUGAUACAGCAUUUGCCGAUGCGAGAAUAUGAUGGUGCGAAGAAGGGCGAGUGUGUGAUAUGCAUGAUGGAGCUAGUGGUGGGCGAAGAGGUGCGCUAUUUACCCUGUAUGCACACUUAUCAUGCAAUCUGCAUCGACGACUGGUUGUUACGCUCAUUGACCUGUCCAUCAUGCAUGGAGCCAGUGGAUGCGGCGCUAAUUAGCUCAUAUCAUCCGACUACUUAAUAUCAGAGUGACUGGAAUUUUAUUUGAUUUGGCCGAUCGGCGAAUUGGAAUUAAAUUAUCAGGCUAAAUAUGAAGCAACUGAAAAGAAAGUGAAAGAAAGAGAGAGGGGAAAAAAAACUCGCUUUUUUUAUUAGAGCAUAUUAAAGGCUUCAAGAUUAAUAGAGAAAUCGUGUGUUAAUGGCCUGACUAUAUUUCGCUGUUACACUCGAUUUAUACGUGCGUGCUGUUUAACAAUAAUCUUUAUCUCAAUACACCUAUUACAUCCGCAAAAGCGGAUUUUUUCGAUCGUUUUCUACGAUAUAAAGGAAAGCGAAAAGGUUUUAUUUUAAUUAAAUUCUAUGAAACAUCCACAAAUUUCUUUUCCUCGUAGUGAGUUAAUUGCUUGUACAUUGAUUUCUUAUAUUAGAUGAAGCAAAGAGAGAGAGAGAGAAAAGUACAGAAGGCGGCUCGAUGUAAUAAUGCAAUAAAGGAGUUCAGUAAGUCUCAUGUACACCAAUUAUAUAUAUAUAUAUAUGUUAUGUAUAAAUAUAUUACAUAUAUAUAUAUAUAUAUACACAUAUAAAAAUAUAUACAUAUAUAUAUAUAUAUAUAUAUAUAUAUAUAUAUACACAAAAAUAUAUACAUAUAAAUAUAUAUAUAUAUAUAUAUAUUAUAUGUUACAUAUAUGUAUAUAUAUACAUACGUACGUAUGUAUAUAUGCGUAGUAACAAAAUAAAAAGUGCGACAACAUAUGUAUGCGGAAAUUAUAUGGUAUCCUUUGCAUUCCUUGUACGGGUUGCUAUAUUUUUGUGUACAUUUCGUUUGCGCAAAUGUUUGAUGAACUUGUGCAAAUUCUCUUCUUUUGUUUCUUUUAAUUACAUGAUCAAAUCUCUGUAUCUCUAUUUUCAGAUAAAAUGAAAUUACUCAUUGUGAUAAUUUUAAGCUCUAUGUAAAACUUUGUGGAUAUCCUGUAGACUACGUGCGUCUGAAAGCAGUGUAAACGUACGUUCUUUAUUUAAGAAACCGUGAAAUUGUCGAACGAACAACAAUCUGAUUUUUGUAACAAAAAAAAGGAUAUGCUUUUAACAAUAGCCGCGAUAUUUUGAUUAUUGUUUUCUUUAUGUCCCGCAUAAUGAAAAUCGCUUGAACCGCUUCUCUGUCACUGUUGCGCGAUCAACAUUGAACAUUUUUCAUUUAGAUAACAUGUACAGAGAAAGAAUGCGUCAUUGUAUGCUACGGACGAUUAGCGGUUUAUUAUACUAAUAAUCUGGUAACAUGUAUUAGCAACGAAUAAAUCGGCGAAAGGAAGAAGAGAAAAGUCACAUUUUUGAACUCGCCGCUAAUAAUGGACUAUGUAAUUUAGAUUCUGUUGUUGAUUUAGAGUUUGUUAAACUAACUUCUACUACAGUUACAAACGCAGUUGGAGUUUCUGUUUUGCUGAAUACUACUGUUUACAGAUAUGUAUGUACAGUCUCGCGUGUAGUUUCGUACAUUGGUCAGUGUAUAAAAAAUAUAACAAAUAAUUUUAACAAACUUGGAGCAGAACAACAUACUUUUGCGAAUCAAGGAAAAAAACAAAUAAAUGUUUAAUUUAUAUAAAAAGGAAGGAAGCUUAAUAAUAUGGUAUCGCUAAGUUUUCGUUUUAAAUGUGAAAAAAAUAAAAUGCUGUGAAAUAGUGAUUUAUUGACGAAGUACAGAAAUAUAUAAAUAAUGAUUUAAUAUGCAAAUAUAAAUAUUUAGUAAAAAAAUUUUGUGUUUUUAAAAAUUAUCCAUAUCUCGACACACAAAAUUUCUCGAUCGUUGAUCGAGCGUAUUUAAAUAAUUAGAACUAUAUUUGCAAAUUCUAAAUAGAGAGUAGCGUAAUUUUAUAAAGGAGAUACGCCAAAAAAUGCUAAUGUUACAAACUUAAAUUCUAUCUGGUUUUUCUAAAAAUCCGGACGAUUUGUCUCGAUAAGACAAGCGCGUUACGCUCUAAUCAAUGUAUCAAACACUAUUUGCAUGAUUAACCGCGGGGCAUCAGUGACAAUCUGCCGGACUAUAUUAUAAUCGCAAAUCUUGAUAAUUCAUAAUUAUAUUCAACUUGCAUUUGAGAGAUAAUAAUAAAUUUCUAGUGGAAUAAAAAUCUUUUAAAUCUAUUACAUACGUACAGUCGAAUGAUCUUUCUGAAAAAAUAUGAAAUUGUUAGGCUGCUGUUGUAUCGGAAACGAUGCCACACACAUACAAUGUCUUGAGAAUAAAUCAUAUACUCAAUCAGGAGGAAAUUGAAUUAAACAACAUCACAAUUAUAAAAGUAAAAA